AAUGGCGGAGAGCGAAAUUUACAGAUAUAAAACUAAGUAGAGAGGGGCACGAAGAAGUAGUUAUCUUAGCACGAGUGCAAGAAUCAAAUCUUGUACGGGAUUAAAGUGUUAACGUCGUUUCAAGAUGCCUACUAGUAAACCCGAUCGGACUUUUCUCUAUAUAGCAGCUUGCGUAGCAAAUCUUGCAUCGUUCAUCUGCGGAACAAGUUUUGGUUGGUCAUCACCAGAAAUCCCACUUCUGAAAAACGUGACGACCAGUCCUUUAGACUACGAAAUAACUACAUCCGAAGAAGGAUGGAUUGGAUCGUUUUUGCCCCUAGCAGCAGCGAUCGGUCCUUUAGGGGGUGGAGUACUAGCAGAUGUUAUUGGAAGAAAAACUACUUUGUUAGUAGGAACAAUACCUUUUAUUGUAGCAUAUAUCUUAAAUGUUUUUGCUACAUCGGUGCUCUUCUUUUACGUAUCUAGAUUUCUAUGUGGUUUAGCUGUUGGAAUUAUCUUUACAACGUUACCAAUGUAUAUUGGAGAGAUUGCCGACGACGAAUGUAGGGGCUCUUUGGGUUCAUUUAUGCAAUUAUUUAUUGUCAUAGGGCUGCUAUUUUCAUACGCCUUAGGACCUUAUAUGUCCAUAUUUUUAUUCAACAUCAUUCUAAUAGUUCCACCAGUUCUAUUUUUGUUAUUGUUCUUUUUUUUCAUACCCGAGAGCCCUUACUUUUUGCUGCAAGCUGGCAAAAUAAAUGAAGCUUUAGGUGCCAGUAUCAGACUAAGAGGAAUGAACAAAUCCAUGGUAAGCAAAGAAUUAGAAGUGAUGAAAGUUCAAGUGGAGCAAGAACAGAAAAACAAGGGCAGCUUUUUUGAUAUCUUCAAAUCUAAAGGAUUGCGAAAAGCGAUUAUGAUAUCCGUAGGUUUAGUAACCUGGCAACAGCUUUCUGGUAUUAACAUAGUACUCUUCUUUGCCCAGAGUAUAUUCACAGAUGCUGGUGUAUCGCUGGCUCCAGAAUUAUGUACAAUAAUUAUUGGAAUUGUUCAAAUAUUUGCUAGCGGGUGCACGCCACUUUUGGUGGAACGUUGGGGUAAACGGUUUCUUUUAAUACUGUCCGCUAUAGGCAUGGGUAUAGCUCAAGGUGUCCUAGCAUUUUUCUUCUAUUUAAAAGACGAUCAAAAGAGUGAUGUAUCCAGUCUUGGUUGGCUACCGAUCUUGAGUCUCAUCGUUUAUAUUAUAACAUACUGUCUUGGGUUUGGACCGAUACCGUGGGCAGUAAUGGGAGAACUCUUCCCAGGAAAUGUCAAAUCUGUUGCUUCUUCAGCUACGGCUUCUAUGUGCUGGAUUCUUGGAUUCUUGGUGACCAAUUAUUUUGGUAUAUUGACUGGUUUGAUUGGAAAAUCUGGAUGUUUCGGAAUGUUCACGGCCUGCUGUUUUAUCGCCGCUGCAUUCGUUUAUAAGUAUGUUCCAGAAACGACUGGAAAAAAUGUUCAUGAAAUUCAGUACCUUUUGGGUGGAUUGGGAAGAAGAUUAUCUUUUCAGUUGUGAGUUUGUUUUGAUUAAACGCAUUUUCAUUUAAAAGUAAUUCUAGUUUAUCCAUAAUAAAUUUAUCUUAUUGUGGUUCUUACACAUUUACUUGGUGUUUUGCCUUAGAAUUUAAGUGGUGGAUUUAAAUAAAACAAUGUCUUUAUUUAUUAAUAUCAUCAACUAAAAGAUAUAUCGACUUAAGAAGGUCUAAACUAGGUACAAAAAGGUAUACAAACGCCCACCACAUUGUUUUAUUAAAAUCCAAUACUUUAAUCACAGGAAAAUCACUGGGAAUAUAUAGUUAUUUAUUGAUGUAGUAGUGUAAAUGAAGAGAAUAUCAAUAUGGUACAAUAUAAAUAAGUUUUUUUUAAUAUUUAAAAGCAAUUUUAUUUCAUGAAUCGUUAGGUCACCAUAAAAAGCCUAAAACUAACUUUUAAAAAUCCCCCUUGGCAU